CGUGGCCAGAGAGGAGCGCAGUCUCCGGCGCGAGCCGCAGAGACACUCUCGUGAGGCAGACGGAACCGGGCGACGCAAUGAGCACUCGGGUUUAGGUCCGGGUUAAAACAUAGGAUUAUCCUGGGGUUUUUUUUAUAUUUUCCUCUCCUUUUUCCUCUUUAUAAAUCGAUCGCUUCUUCUUCCCACGUUUUAUUCGUUUUGGUUUUUUUUUUUCAUAUAUAAUUUUUGCGGCGUUUUGUCAUCAUGCGGAGACUACCUGCCGCGAUCCUCCUGUCGUCUCUCCUACAAGUGUCGGUGGGCAUCCAGGUGAUUGUUCCCAUACAGCAGCGCAGCACGGCUCUGUUUGCCUCGGUGAUCCUCCGCUGUGACUACAGCACCUCUGCAAACAUCCAAGAUGUUCUGGUCACCUGGAGGUUCAAGUCCUUCUGCAAGGACCCGGUGCUGGAGUACUACUCCACGUCGUACCAGUCUGCACUACAGUUAGGACAGGACCCAGCGAAUGACUGUCCAGAUCGUCAGCGGACGGUGCGCACUGUGAUCCAGAAGAGAGGAAGCAAUGAGCCGACGCUGGGACCAGAAUACCGCGAGCGCAGGAUCAGUAUACAAAACAAGGCAGACCUGGUGCUCAAUGAGGUGAUGUGGUGGGACAAUGGGGUGUACUUCUGCGCUGUGGACGCUGCCGGGGACACUACUGGAGACUCUGACAAAGAAAUCAAACUCAUCGUCUACCACUGGUUGACGGUGCUGUUCAUCGUCAUUGGAGCCCUCCUUCUGAUCAUCCUCUUCUGUAUCUGCUGCUGCCAGUGCUGUCCCCAGAGAUGCUGCUGCUAUGUGCGCUGCCCCUGCUGCCCGCAGCAAUGCUGCUGUCCUGAAAAAGUGGUGAUGCAGCAUCGUAUGAUGAAGGAGGCUCAGAGAGCCAUGGCCCCCUGGUUAGGGGGACAGCCGCUAUAUGGACCAAUGAGCCACGCCUCUACCCAGAUGAACCCGCUGCUCUACUCAGGAUCCGUUUCAGGGAAGAGCAUCCCUAUGAAGCCAAUGCCCCUCCCUCCCCCUCAGUCUUCAGCUUACAGCAUGCCCCCUCCCAGUGUCCCUAGCAACCACACCCCUGCCAACACCAAUCAGAUGCUUGAUUACCUGGAGAGCCAGGUGAGGGGGAUGGACAUGAACAGUCCAAUGCUACAGCAACCUCCACCCCCCCACAUACAGCAGAUCCCACCUCCUUCCCAACACGUGCCCGUCACCAUCCCAUUUUCCCCCGGCCCUCCCAGCAUGAUCUCUGCCCUUGAUGAUGGCCCGGCAGAGCGACGAGUCCUCACACUUGCACCAAUAAAGGAGCAGCAGCCAGGCAGAAUCCCACCCCCUGCCCCCAUGACUCGCCCCCUGAGCUCCAGUGAGAGCAGCCGCAGUGGCUUCGGCCGUCGUGAUGAGCGAGGUGGAGCGGGUAGGCGUUACCCCUCACCUACCAGAUCUAGAGGUGUUCCCCGGAGCUACAGCGAGGAAUCCCUGGACGGGCGUAGUCACAGCAGGGCACGGGGAGGCAUGGACCGCCCCCGCUCCCGUUCAAGAGAUGACCUGUUCGACAGCAGGUCCAGAGGAAACUACUCUCCGCCUGCCUCACGGCGCCCGAGACGAGGGUCCUGGAGCUCGGAUGAUGAGGGCAGCAGCAGGAGAGGAGGAGGAGGAGGAGGAGGAGGAGGAGGGAGGAGAGGAGGUGGAGGCUGGGCUGACCAUCCUCCCAGCUACACCGAGUACGAGCCUGGACAGAAACCGGGAGCACGGAGGAAAGAACGCUACUCUGACAAGAGUUCUCGCAGUGGCACCAGUGUCAUCAUCUGAACCCUCAAGCUGUGAAACGCCCUGCCAGCUCUGUUUCAGAGAACAUGCACACCUCUUUAGAACUGGCCAAUGGUAAACUUUCAAAUGCCACCGUUUUUAUGUAUUGAAACUCUUUUAUUACCUAUUUGAUGAGUGAAAAGCUGGCAGAGCGACUCAUACAGUGUGAUAUUCAGAAAUUUGGAAUAAUCCUCCUCAGAGUGUGCCGAUGGUAAAAGCAAAUGUUUGAUGUAAAGAAGGAAACCUAUUUGGCAGCCUAAAAAAAAGAAUGAUUUAAGAAAAACCCAGCCAGUCUUCACUGUGACUACUGACCAGAUCUUUGGGUUAAUAUCUCCCUCUGCUGGUCCAUCGGUGUAAUGAAGAUAUUCUUAUGCGAUUUGGUUUUAAAAGCCUCCUGUUAGAUUAUUCUUAUAUGUGGCUGUAGAAUCGAUGUUUCUCCUAAUGAAACUCUAUUUUUGGCGGGUAAUUCUAAAAUCAAUAAAGCCGCAAGUCAAUAAUCAUUUAAAUGCAGAAGAAAUUACUCUCAGGGCCAGUAAACAAUAAAAUUAUACCUGUAGUUACAAUAGAGCUGUUGAAACCCACCUAAAUAUGAAUAGAUUCUUGUGAAUGCUGAAGUUAGUCUUUGUCAUUUUUGUAAAUAGUUAUUAUAUAUAAAAUCUCCUGGUUGUCUUGAAGUGACUAAGGCAUUUGUUUUACUAAUGUUUUGAAGGAAAAGGUGUGUGCCAUUUACAGCUGUUUAAAGUGAAAGUGGUUUUUACAUUAGAUGAAUGGAGUAUUUACAUUUAGUGCUUAUGAAUAACUGUAAACACAGCAUGUAAAUAAUUGUUUUACAUGCUGUUGAUGUAGGAAUUGAAGUAAUGUCAACAAUGUUACAGGCCCCAAAAGCUUUUCUUCUUUUUAAAUUACAGUUGUUUGCACAAUAUCAAACUGUUUCCAGUAAACAGUUCUGGAAACUGAAUGGGUACCCCCCCCUUUUACCGUAUAUCAUGGUAUAUUUCAGAAAGACAAAUUAAAGAUGUUGACUCUUUCAUUGAUAUUUUUAAGGAAUUUUUUUCUCAUUUUAGUUUUUACUAUGUAC